AUGCCUCAUACAGGCCAAGCUGGAGUCAAUCAACUUGGAGGAGUCUUCGUCAACGGGAGACCAUUGCCGGAUUGCGUGCGUCGUCGCAUCGUUGAGCUGGCUCUCAUGGGUGUUCGACCCUGUGACAUUUCGCGACAAUUACUCGUGUCGCAUGGAUGCGUUUCGAAGAUCCUCACACGAUUCUACGAAACUGGAUCAAUACGACCCGGAUCGAUUGGCGGCAGCAAAACGAAGCAAGUGGCAACUCCAACAGUCGUCAAGAAAAUCCUCCGUUUCAAGCAGGAAAAUCCGGGAAUGUUUGCAUGGGAAAUCCGCGAUCAACUAAUUUCCCAACGUAUUUGCGAUCCCAACACAAUUCCCUCCGUCAGCUCAGUCAAUCGUAUCUUGCGCAACGGCGGCUUGUGGACAGAUGAUAUCACUUCGAGCAAUCUCAAUAAUGGUCAUGCUAAACCACCAUAUCCGUCAAACACAAGUUCCGUAACAAUUCCAACGUCAAAUCCUCCACACACGUCUCAAACUUCCUUUUCGCCACAUUCGUCGAAUCAAUCGCCGCCAUCAUCGCGACUUCCAAACGCUUUUUCGAUGCCGCCCGGAAUGUACGGAACACAACGCGCAGGUCCCUCAACUGCUCCAAUGGUAACUGCCGCCGCUCGUAAGGAGCCUCCCGCAGCUCGAGGUGACCCCAAAACCAUGCUUUCAUCCCCAAUCGACUUUCACAACUUGCCGAAACACUGGAUUUGGAACACCACAAGUUUGCUGUAUGCCUCGUACGCUUCCUCCAGCGAGCAACUUCAUCGUUCGGGCAAUCAGGAGUUGCUCUAUAACGCAAUUCCCGGCAGUGCUUUUACGAGUUUGCGUGCGCCGCAUGCAACGUUGCCCGAAAGUUAUCGAAAUGCGGUGAUCGGAAGUCCCGUAAUGGCUGCGGCGGGACGAGAAAGUGUCGAUUUGGUGACAAAUAGCGAUGAUUCACAAACGGAAAAUUACGAUGUGAAGGUCGAAAUUGACGACGACACAAAGAAACUCAAUAAUAACAACAACAACAACUGCAGCAAGAAACGCAAUCCGUACUCCAUUGAAGAAAUCCUCAAGAAACCCGGAAAACGCAUAAGAUUGAAUGUUGAGGUCACCACAACGCCCAAAACGCAAGUUGCAGAAACAGUUUUUCACAGAAAUUCUCAAAAUAGUGACACGGAAGAUAGUAUCGAUGUUGAAGACGAACAGAAAAUCGAAGUUUGUGAUUAA